CCCGUACUUCCGGCCCCUGCGUAGCGUGCGGGCGACCCCGUGGCGACCUCCUUCCGGCAGCACCGUGUAGGACAAGCGUGCAACGCGUUUCGCGUCCGCCCCGGGCUUAAAAAUGCGUUACGUGGCCGCUUACCUGCUUGCUGUCCUGGGUGGGAAUGACAGCCCCACAGCCAAGAACAUCAAAAAGAUCCUCAGCAGUGUUGGUAUUGAUGCAGAUGACGAACGUGUCGACAAGGUCAUCAGUGAACUAAGUGGCAAAGAUGUCGAUGAUGUUAUCAACUCAGGCCUCUCCAAAUUAACCUGUGUUCCAGCAGGUGGUGCUGUCGCUGCAGCCCCUGCUGCCCCGGCUGGUGGUGGAGCUGCACCUGCAGAGGAGAAGAAAGAGGAAGAGAAGAAGGAAGAAUCUGAAGAGUCUGAUGAGGACAUGGGAUUUGGCCUUUUUGAUUAAUCACUUUGUUCUUGGAAAAAACAAUAAAAAUAGUAAAAACUA